AUGGCUGACACAAAGAUCUACGCCGCCUCGACCACGGCGCCGGUCAACAUCGCUGUCAUCAAGUACUGGGGCAAACGCGACGCGAAGCUCAACCUCCCCACCAACUCUUCUCUCUCCGUAACCCUCUCGCAAGACAACCUUCGCACGCACACGACCGCUGCCUGCAGUGCUCUCUUCACGGAGGACACCCUCACACUCAAUGGCGAGCUUCAAGACGUCUCCGGCGCGCGGCAACAAGCCUGUUUCCGGGAACUCCGCGCCCUGCGUGCCGCCCUCGAAUCCGCCGACUCCUCCCUCCCCAAGCUCUCCACCCUCUCCCUCAAGAUCGUCAGCGAGAACAACUUCCCCACCGCCGCCGGCCUCGCGUCGUCCGCCGCUGGCUUCGCCGCGCUUGUUCGCGCCAUCGCCGAUCUCUACCAGCUCCCGCAGAACCCCACCGAACUCUCGCGGAUCGCCCGGCAGGGGUCCGGCUCGGCAUGCCGCAGUCUCUUCGGCGGCUACGUCAGCUGGGAGCAGGGUACGUUAGAGGACGGCAGCGACUCGCUCGCGCUCGAGGUCGCGCCGGCCUCGCACUGGCCGCAGAUGCGCGCCGCAAUCCUGGUCGUCUCCGCUGCCAAGAAGGGUGUCUCGUCCACCGCGGGAAUGCAGGCUACCGUCGUUACCUCCGCCCUCUUCCCCCACCGCGUCAAGAUUGUCGUGCCGCAGAGGAUGAAGGCCAUGAAGCGCGCGAUCGAAAAGCGGGACUUUGAGGAGUUCGCGGCCCUCACCAUGGCGGAUAGCAACUCUUUCCACGCGGUGUGUCUCGACACCAGCCCGCCGAUCUUCUACCUCAACGAUGUCAGCCGCUCUUGCAUCCGCGUCGUCGACGAGAUCAACCGUCUCGCCGGUAAGAACGUCGCCGCCUACACUUUCGAUGCGGGCCCAAAUGCUGUCAUCUACUACCUGGAGGAGAACGAGGACAUCGUCCUCGGCAGCUUGAAGGGAGGAUUGGACGGUGUUUCCGGAUGGAAGCAGGAUGUCACCGCAGCUGGUGUCGAGGGCCUUGAUGCGUCUUUCCUCGAGCCGCUGAAAGAGGGGAUCACGAGAGUUAUCAUGACUCGUGUUGGUGGUGGGCCGGUUAGUGUUGAGGCUAGCUUAAUUGAUGUGGAUGGUCAGAGGAGUUCGGCGUAG